GUAGCGGAUUAAUUCCUUGCUCUGGGCCUCGGGCUCACGACCUUCUCUAUGAAGCUGAGGAGUUGGACCGGCUGUAGUGAGCCAGCAUGGCGCUACCGUAACCUCGUCCGCCUUCAGGAAAGAUUUUGAUAAUUUGCCCUAGUCCAGAUUUGAAGAGUCAGAAUACUACUAAUGGCUUACUGCAACUACAUUGACAUGGAUUUUAGAAGUCAAUACUCCACUACGCAUUAACCUGAGUUAAGACAAACAGAAAAGAAUAACUUAGAUCACAAUGGCCAAGUCAAGGCUCUUCUGUUUGCUGGUGGCGUUGGGUUCAGUGUUCAUGAUUCUCUUCAUCAUUGUUUAUUGGGACAAUGUUGGGACAGCUAAUCUGAAUCUUCACACGUCCUUCAGCAAAUCUCUUCCUUUUCAGUCAUCCGAAGAGCUUUCGACUGCCGUUACUGCUACGAGAAACCGAUUUGUUUCAGAUGUGGAUGUAUUUUUAAAUAGUUUUCUUAAUUUGAGCACAAGGAGAAGUGAACUUCAAAGCACAAAAGCAGAAAAGAUGCCACUACGAGGCUCAAGCAGCCUGGAGGAAAAUGCCAGGGGUUAUGAUUGGUCCACUAAAGAAAAAUUAGAGGAUGCAAUUCUAGAUCAGGAAAUGAUACAGCAAGAGAGAAAACUGAAUUUGCUACAGUUUUGUGGCAACUCAAGCUUUGGUUUUCCAACAAAGGAACGUUCUUUUGAUGACAUCCCUAAUCGGGAAUUAGAUCACCUCAUUGUGGAUGAUCGUCAUGGUAUUAUUUACUGCUAUGUUCCUAAAGUUGCCUGCACCAAUUGGAAGCGAGUGAUGAUUGUGUUAAGUGAGAGCCUCCUGGACAAGAAGGGAGUUCCGUACCAGGAUCCCUUACUGAUUCCUCGUGAGGAUGUCCAUAAUACAAGUAGUCACCUAACCUUUAACAAAUUCUGGCGCCGGUACGGUAAGUUUUCCCGGCAUAUGAUGAAGAUCAAGUUGAAGAAAUACACCAAGUUCCUGUUUGUCCGUGAUCCUUUUGUCCGACUCAUCUCUGCAUUCCGCAGCAAGUUUGAACUUGAAAAUGAGGACUUCUACCGCAGCUUUGCAGUGCCUAUUUUGACUCGCUUCUCCAACACGACCAGGGUUCCCGAUACAGUUGGAGAAGCGUUCUCCUCGGGCACAAUGCCGUCGUUCUCUCAAUUUAUACAAUAUCUCCUUGAUCCGCAGACGGAAGAGCAGAAGCCGUUCAAUGAACAUUGGAGGCAGGUGUAUCGCCUGUGUCAUCCAUGUCAGAUCGAAUAUGAUUUUAUUGGCAAGCUGGAAACUCUCGGUGAAGAUACGGCGCUGCUUUUAAGACAAUUAAACUUAGAUACACUCUUUCAGUUCCCUCCCAGCUACAGAAACAGGACUGCAAGUAGCUGGGAGGAAGACUGGUAUUCAAAACUUCCAAUAGCAUGGAGAAAGAAACUGUACAAAUUGUUUGAGGCUGACUUCGUUCUUUUUGGCUACCCUAAACCAGACGACUUGCUGAGUGUAUAAAACAGACUUACCAAAAAAAAACUGAAUAAUAGUUUGCUGCCUUCCAUAACGAUUUCCAGUGUUGGUACAUUUUUUAUAGUUUUGUGUGGUUUACUUUCUUUCCAUUGUAUGUGGAAGCAUGAGGUAUAGUUUACAAGAAAAGUCAACCUCUUCAGCCGAAUGAAAUUCGAGAUAAUUUAAAGGGGAGCUAAAAACCCGAAGACGCACUUGCUCUGGACAGUGAACUUGUUAUGUUAAGGUGUUACAUGCUUACAAUUGUACACCAGCUCAAGUAUUACCUCUGCAUAGUUGUAGUGUAGCCCCUAGACAACAAAAAAAAAAAA